AUGAGCACAGGUCAUUUGGAUACCGAGCUUACGGAACUUGGGGAAAUCCAGGCAACCAACCUUGGGGAUAGUCUCAAAAAUCUGCAAAUUGAUGGAAUUUUUACCAGUGACUUGAAGAGGGCUUCCUAUACCGGAGAAGCCAUUCAGCGCAGUUACAAACGGAAACCCAUCCCGUUAUUCACGAAUCCUCUAAUGCGUGAGCGAAAUUUCGGCUUGAACAAUGGAAGACCUAGAUCAAAAGUUCAUGAAUUUAUCGCUGAAACAAAAUCCAAUCACAUGGGGUGUCAAAUGUGGCGCGAGUAUCAAGGUGAAUGUAGUCAUCAGGUGGGAAGCAUGUUUCGGAUUAACUUAAUGCAAUGUUUACGGUUGCAAUUCCAUUUGCGCUUCUACUCAGUGUCUUGGGAGAUAUGGGCUAUUCAUAAUGAUUACCAGAUUUUCUGGAGGGCGCUCAACUUCUUCUUCGACUUAUGCGAAUUUGCUGCAAAUCAACCUACCAAACCAACUCCUGAUUUCGGGUCUAUUGGCUCGGUGGAAAGGUUUACGGGCACAGACAUUUCCCCUUUACCAAUUCUGCUACCAAUUCACCAGCCGCCGGUGUCUCAGGCCUUUGCUUUUUCGCGACGCCAACCUCGAAACAAAUGCGCCUCUUCGUCUACUGAAGAGAUUUCUCAUGAAAUCAUGGACUAUGCCGGCCACUUUAUUUUGGUAAGUCAUGGACAGUGGAUUCGCGAAUUCAAUCACAUUCUCUAUGCCUUCUCGGAACACAGCCUCGGUUUCCCCGCUCAGCGUCAAAUGCUAGCAGUGCUAGAGAACUGCCAGUUCAACCAAUUUGGAGUUGCUGUUCACUGCAAGCAGCUGGCCACACGAGCUACUCGUCUGCGAGCCGCAGUUGGAUCAGCCCUGAAGGCGGCACGAGACUGUCGUUCCCACUCUUGUCCCUAUGAUCUUGGCCAUUUUGCCGACCCACUCCCCAUUGACACCGUCUGUUACCACGCUCGUGUUGACGCCCACACAGUUAAAGGAAGUAUUACUACUGCGCCCGCCGUGGAGACGGUAGAGGAGAAGCCUGCUGUCUCCGCAUGUUCUGGUACAGAAACGCUCUUCUUUGCUCGGGAAGACGAUGAAUAUGCCGGACUACCAAUGACCAGGUGGGUAGACCAAAAUUACCUCCGAACAUUCCACGAACCUAUUGAGUUAGCUCUCAUAGUAUCGCCUAUUGUGAAGCUAUAA